UUUGUGUAGUUUUGCUCUAUAUUUGUGUAGGGAGGGAAGCUGGAAAGUUCGUACAGUUUGAUUACAGUUGCUCAACAAGGGUAUCUGAAAUAACGCUCUGUAAGAUGAUGUGUUUCAGGAAACCACCACCAGAUGCAUUAGGCAGCCUCGGGAUGCAGCUUUUAAGGGCCCUGCUUGUACUCUGUGUCUGCCGCUUGAUAUCUGGAUACUCUGAAAAAGAAAGGGCACAUGACUUGAUGUUUAAAUUUCCCCUCAUUGAUGGUCAUAAUGACCUAGCUCUCCAACUGAGGAUCCUUCACAACAAUCGCCUGAGCCAAAUUGACCUUCAUAAUGUCAGCAAAGUGGCCACGGACAUCUCCCGUCUCCAAGCUGGCCAUGUGCAGACACAGAUGUUUGCAGUCUAUGUGCUCUGUGGGGCCCAGGAGAAGGACGCUGUGAGGCUGACUUUGGAACAAAUAGAUGUGGUCAGACGUAUGUGCACUGAGUACCAGGACUUUGAACUGGUCAUGUCUGUUCAGGAGCUGAGGGACACUGAGAUGAGGCAUAAAAUAGCCUGUCUGAUAAGUAUUGAGGGAGGCCACUCCAUUGACAGCAGCCUUCCAGCCCUGCGGAUGUUUUACCAGCUUGGGGUCCGCUCCAUGGCCCUCACACAUACCUGCAAUACUCCAUGGGCUGAAUCAUCCUCAAAAAUUUACAAUUUCUUUCAGAAUAGACAGAAUACCAGCCUGACACAGUUUGGGAAGGCUGUGGUGGAGGAAAUGAACAGGCUGGGUAUGAUAGUGGACCUCUCCCACACCUCUUGGGAUACAGCUUUGGCUGUGCUAAAGCAUUCCAAAGCUCCUGUCAUUUUUAGCCAUUCAUCUUCCUUCUCUAUCUGUAACCAUAGCCGCAACGUACCUGACUGGCUGCUGCGUGAGCUGAAAAAGAACCAAGGGAUGAUCAUGGUAAAUCUCCACACCCAUUUCAUUUCCUGCAGGAAUGAUGCCAACAUCUCUCAUGUGGCUGAUCAUUUUGAUCACAUUAAGAAGAUUAUUGGAGCUGAGUCAAUAGGAAUUGGAGGGGACUUUGAUGGUGCGACAAGCUUUCCUAAGGGGUUGGAGGAUGUGUCAAAGUAUCCCGCUGUUAUCCAGGAACUCCUGAAAAGAAACUGGACUGAAGAUGAGUUGGCUGAUGUCCUUCGAAGGAACUUCCUGCGGGUGUUUGAGGAAGUAGAAAGGGUCCGUGAUCAGUUGCACUUGAGCCGGCCCAGUGAAAUCCAGAUCCCCAUGGAGGAGUUGCAAAAUCCCUGUAGACUGGUCCUCAGACCCCCUGAUCCUAGAGGGGUGCCAUCAGGGCAGACCCACUCCUCCACAGCAGAACUUAGAUCCCCGGGUUUGCUAAUCCUGGCCUUAUUUUUGCUGCUAUCAAGAAUUUUAUUUUAAUGAAUAUUUAAAAACUCAAUUUAAUGCUGCCUUCUGUUUUUUCACUUUCUGCAGGAAAAAAAAAACUGGCGUCAGCUGUAGCCAAUUGUGGGCAGUUACAGCCCUAUAUACAUAUAUCUGUAAAAUUAAAAAGUAUUUACCUCAAUUUUCACAUUUAAUUGUCUUCAAAUGUAUAUUCUUCAUACCAAUUAAAUAUACAAACACAUUGCUGCUGUGAGAUGCAAUUAAUAAUUUAUUACUUAAAUAUUAUUUUAUUGCAGAAAUUGUUGCACCGUUUUUUGAAUGAUACCCCUAGAGAUAUUAGAAGGAGGAUAAUAACAGUGUUAAGUAAAACUGGAGCAAUGGCACUGUAAAUUUGUUGUUCUUCCUAUUUUGCCUCACGAGGAGCCUUAACAGAAGAAGUAGAAUGCAUUAGACUAAUGUAAACAUAUCAUUUAUGAAGCACCUAACUGGUAAGCAUAGAUCUUAGCAAAGCACUGUAAUAAAGAUUUGGAUGGAAACAUUAACAGACAGUCUUUUUUUAUCUGAAUAUGAUAUUGUGCAAGGUUUACAAAAUGUUUUGAUAAAUUUUAGUAUGCAU